AUUAGCUACGGAGCGAUGUUGGUGCUGCAGUCUCUAUUGGGUCUCCUGUUGCUCUGGCCGCUGUGCAGCCUGGAGGCAGCUCGCAUACUGGCAAUAUUCCCCUUUCCGGGUCCCUCGCAGUACAUCAAUGUGGUGCCCUAUCUGAAGGCAUUGGCUGCCCGUGGGCACGAAGUGACCUCCGUUAAUGCCUUUCCGCAGAAGAAACCUCUGAAGAACUUUCGUGACAUUCCAGUGCUGGAAGUGUUUGAGAAUUAUGAUGAUAUCAUCACUCAGGUCAGUGGACCCAUGAACAUCUGGGAAGAGAACAAUUUCAUCAACGAAUUCUUUGUGGGCAUAACGCGCGCGGUGUUCCUGAAUAAAGAGGUGCAGGAGACGCUUCUGCCGCCCGGCAAGGAUCACUUUGAUUUGAUUAUUGUGGAGGCCGCUCGCACGGAUGCUUACUAUGGUUUCGCGGCACACUUUGAUGCGCCCAUCAUUGGUGUGUCCACCUUUGGGACUGACUGGAACAUUGAUGAGUUGGUGGGCAAUGCCUCACCCUUGUCGUAUAUUCCACUGCCGACGACGGGCUUUACGGAUCGCAUGACCUACCGGCAACGCCUCACAAACUUCGUGGACACAUCGAUUGCCUGGCUCAACUAUAACCUCGUGCACAUGCCCAGCCAGGAGGAGCUCUACCGGAAAUAUCUGCCUGCGGCUGCAGCCCGUGUGCCGCUCACGGAACUCAAUCGAAACUUCUCCUUGGUGCUGCUCAAUCAGCACUUUUCGCUGAGCUUUUCGCGUCCGUAUGUGCCCAACAUGAUCGAGGUGGGCGGACUGCACAUAUCCCACACCCCAGCGCCGCUGCCCAAGGACAUCGAUGAGUUCGUUCAGGGCUCGGGCGAGGCGGGUGUCAUUUAUUUCUCUCUCGGCUCCAAUGUGAAGAGCAAGGAUCUGCCCGUGGAGACGCGGGAAAAGAUGCUGAAAACAUUUGCCAGCCUGCCGCAGCGUGUGCUGUGGAAAUUCGAGGAUGAUCAGCUGCCGGGCAAGCCAUCGAAUGUGUUCAUCAGCAAGUGGUUCCCACAGCCGGACAUCCUGGCCCAUCCCAAGGUCAAGCUGUUCAUCACCCACGGCGGUUUGCUCAGCACCAUCGAGAGCAUUCAUCACGGCAAGCCGGUGCUGGGGCUGCCCUUCUUCUACGAUCAGUUCCUGAAUGUGGAGCGUGCCCGGCAGGCGGGCUUUGGCCUGGGCCUCGAUCACAAGUCGAUGACGCAGCAGGACUUCCAACAGACCAUCCAGCGGCUGCUGAAGGAGCCACAAUUUGCGGAGAAGGCACAACAGAUGUCCGCCCGGUAUCGCGAUCAACCGAUGAGCCCGCAGGAGACGGCCGUCUGGUGGACAGAGUACGUGCUGCGGCACAAGGGUGCGCCGCAUAUGCGAGUGGCCGGACAGGACUUGAACUUUUGGGCAUAUCACAGCAUCGAUGUCAUAGGCACCCUACUGGCUGGUGCUCUCUUUAUCGCUUUACUCUUCGUAUUUGUUCUCAGCAAGUUGGCCAAGCUGGCAGGUUUCGGGCACUCAAAGACGAAAAAGCACAAGAAACAGUAGGAAGCUUAGAAUAAAAUUAAUCUAACGUUUAAAAAUGAUGUAUUUGGCUAUGAUUUUGUUUAUUUUCAUUAUUGAUUUACAAUGCAAAUAAAGUGUGAAGCAGAUAAGAUAACUG